CUGAGCGUCAACCUUUCCCAAAAGCCUCGACAUCCCCGCACUCCCACCCCGUCUCUUGCUACCCGCGGACCUAGGUACUCAGGUACCAGAUAGGCUUCCGACCUGUUCAAAUGCGUCGGGCGGCUGUCCAAGCCUUUCGAUCUGCCCGCCGUCCGUGCCUCCGCAAGUUCGCCCGUAAUCGCACUCCUGCCUUCGUUCCCCUCAACCAUGGUCUUCUAGGGCAUCGCGCCGUUUCUUCGCGCCGAGAGCGUACCUCGUCCGUCAUUUUGACCUCGUCUAUGCAGCUCCGGUCCUUUGCGUAUGCUCUCGUCUCGGCUGCUGUUGCCUCAGGCGCCUUCUAUGCCUACAGAGGCACCAGCCCGGCCGGGACCUCGGCUCCCUCGUCUGCAGAGCACAGCAGCAGCUCGAACGCGCUAGACAGUAGCCCGGGAGACCACAGCAAGCAUACACGGCGUGCCCUUGUGGUUGACCAGGGCUCGCUCUUCACCGGCACCAUCACAGGAGACAGCCCGCUGUCGAAGGAGACGGACGACUUCGGCCGGAAAGUACUGGAGAUGUUGACGCCGGAACAGGCGACUCAAAAGCUAAGAAAGAACGAGGAGUCCUGGCUGGUCGGGAGGGGGCAGGGCGUUGUCCGCUACGAUGUUGUGCAGAUACCCAGCAACGACCCCAUUGAGGAUGACCACGCCGAGAAGAUCAUCGAGGUACCGCAGACCACGGCUGCAACAGAGAAUGGCACAACAGCCAGCGACUGGAUGUUCUGGGGUGUCUUUGAUGGCCAUAGCGGCUGGGUCACGUCGGCAAAAUUACGCGAGACCCUGAUAUCGUUCGUAGCCCGUGAGCUCGAUAGUGCCUUCAAGUCUGCGCUAGCUGACCCGUCGCUGCGCUUUCCAACUCCCGAGUCAAUCGACAAGGCCAUUAAGACGGGGUUUCUGCGGCUCGAUCAUGAAAUUGUGCACGAAUCCGUUGCAAAGGUCCAGAAGGCACAGUCGAAGCUUGCUGCGGCUGAGCUCCUGGCCCCCGCUCUGUCCGGUUCAUGUGCCCUACUAUCUUUCUACGAUAGCAGAUCGAAACUUUUGCGAGUAGCCUGUACAGGCGAUUCCCGCGCAGUCCUCGGCCGACGAGGAGCAAGUGGCAAGUGGACAGCCACCCCGCUCUCAACAGAUCAGACCGGAUCAAGUGCAAGUGAAGCUGAGCGCUUGCGCAAAGACCACCCUGGAGAGCCGAGCGUGGUCAGGAACGGGCGUAUCCUUGGCGGUCUUGAGCCAUCACGUGCAUUUGGGGACGCAAUCUACAAAUGGUCUCUCAAAACUAACGAAGAAUUGAAGAGGUCGUACUUUGGGCGGAGCCCUUCUCCACUUCUCAAGAGUCCCCCUUAUGUCACGGCUGAGCCCGUCAUAACCACAACAAAAGUCGAGCCAGAAAAUGGUGACUUUGUUGUUAUGGCUACCGAUGGCCUUUGGGAAAUGCUUACCAACGAAGAAGUUGUUGGACUUGUUGGUCAGUGGUUGGAUGCCCAGGGCAACACCAAUGGACGGAAUGCCCGGACAGAAUCCUGGUUGAAGAGCUGGUGGUCAACACAAAAGACUCUGCCAGUUGAGCAGAAGGGGCAUGAUUCUGAUGGCACAGGUCAACGGGCCCCGAUUCGUCAGCAACAAUGGGGCACUAAGACGUCACUGAACGAACGUUUCGUUGUAGAAGACAAGAAUGCCGCAACCCACCUUGUUAGAAAUGCGCUUGGUGGAAACGAUCAAGAUCAAUUGUCCGCUCUGUUGACCUUGCCCAGUCCUUUCUCUAGACGAUAUAGAGACGAUUUGACAGUCGAAGUUAUCUUCUUCGGCGAAGGCUCUACCACUGGCAAUGUUACCUUGAACAAGGAAGCGAGCGCUUCCUCUCCAGAGGCAAAGGCGAAACUUUAAGGUUAAAGUGUAGGUGAAAGAUAGUCAAGUGCCCAUGUAUCUAUCCUCGCAUGUCUUCAUCCAGCAAGGCGUUCCUGGUACACUUUCCAGUCGGUAUCCGGUAUCCUCAAAUAAGGGCGUUCUUGGGGAACAAAGUUGGUGGGUUAGCUCUCUUGACAUGUAGACUAGAGAUCUGCAAGGACGAGGCCACAUUCGCACAAGCACCUCUUUAUUCGAUAAUCGAACUGCUCUUGGCCGAAGCCUUCGCCGAUUCUUCA